AUGGACAAAGUGGUCAUCAGUCUCCUGCUUCUGGGAACCGCAGUUACGAUGGUCCAUGCAUGUCCCAAAUACUGUGUCUGCCAGAACCUCUCAGAGUCUCUGGGCACUCUGUGCCCCUCCAAAGGCCUGCUCUUUGUACCACCAGACAUCGACCGGCGAACUGUGGAGCUCCGGCUGGGCGGCAAUUUCAUCCUCAAGAUCACCACUCAGGACUUUGCCAAUAUGACAGGUCUGGUAGAUCUCACCUUGUCCCGCAACACUAUCAGCGCCAUUCAGCCUUUCUCUUUCAUCGACCUGGAGACCCUGAGAUCACUGCACCUGGACAGUAACCGGUUGACUGAGCUGGGACCGGAUGACCUUCGAGGUCUAGUCAACCUGCAGCACUUAAUCCUCAACAACAAUCAACUGAGUCGGAUCUCCAAAGAAACCUUUGAUGACUUGUUACUGACGCUGGAGGAUCUGGAUUUGUCAUAUAACAACUUACGCAGUGUGCCUUGGGAAGCCAUCCGCAAGAUGGUUAACCUUCAUCAGAUGAGUCUGGAUCACAACCUCAUCUCCUUUAUUUCUGAGGGGACUUUCACGGAUCUGGAUAAACUGGCCCGCUUGGACCUCACCUCGAACCGUCUCCAGAAGCUCCCUCCGGACCCCAUCUUUGCUCGCUCCCAGAGCAAUGUAGUAAUGAGCACUCCUUAUGCACCUCCACUCUCCCUAAGCUUUGGUGGAAACCCAUUGCACUGCAACUGUGAAGUGCUUUGGCUUCGAAGGCUAGAGCGUGAGGAUGAUAUGGAAACCUGUGCUUCUCCCACUAGUCUAAAGGGGCGCUACUUUUGGUCUGUUCGUGAGGAGGAGUUUGUUUGUGAGCCACCUCUAAUUACACAACAUACACACAAGUUACUAGUGCUGGAAGGCCAAACCGCAAGCCUGCGCUGCAAAGCUGUUGGUGAUCCGAUGCCAACUGUACAUUGGGUUGCUCCUGAUGACCGUUUGAUCAGCAACUCCUCCCGAGCAACGGUAUACGAAAAUGGCACCUUGGACAUUACAAUCACCACAUCUAAGGAUUACGGGACCUUUACUUGCAUAGCUGCCAAUGCUGCUGGAGAAUCUACGGCCUCCAUUGAGUUGUCAAUCAUUCAACUCCCCCAUCUGAGUAAUGGCACAAACCGUACCACACAGUCCAAAUCGGGGCUUUCGGACAUAACUAGCUCUACCAAGAUCAGUAAAGGGGAGUCUAAACCUCUUCCAGAGAAGGUGGUUUCUGUAUCAGAAGUGACUGCUGUCUCUGCUCUGGUCAAGUGGACUGUUAGCAAAUCAACUCCAAAGGUCAAAAUGUAUCAGCUUCAGUACAAUUGUUCUGAAGAUGAGGUCCUCAUUUACAGGAUGAUUCCCAUGAUUAACAGAGCCUUCAUGGUCACAAAUCUUGUCCCAGGGAUGCAGUAUGACCUGUGUGUCUUGGCCAUCUGGGAUGACACUGCCACCACCCUCACUGCCACCAACAUUGUCGGCUGUGUCCAGUUCAUCACCAAGGAGGACUACCCACAGUGUCAGUCUCUUCACAGUGGCUUCCUGGGUGGCACCAUGAUCCUAGUCAUUGGUGGCAUCAUUGUGGCCACGCUCCUGGUGUUCAUCAUCAUCCUCAUGGUGCGGUAUAAGGUGACCAGUGGCAUCCAGACUAAUAAAUUACCCAAUGUGAGCAACACGUACUCACAGACCAAUGGGGGGUUGAACAGGUUCAAUGGUGCCCCACCACAAGUCAAAUCCACAGUGGUGGUUAUGCGUGAGGAAAUGGUAGAGUUCAAGUGUGGAUCCCUCCAGAGCAGUCUCUCUUCAUCCUCAUCUUCUUCUAACUCAUUAGACAGUCAAACAGGAAGAGGGGCUGGCGACCGCUACAGCAUGCAGGGAAGCGAAUGCAGUACCCUGCCCAGCAGCAAGUUCAGGAGACACGGUGCCAAAGCACGACCAAAUCUGGACCACCUUUUAGGGGCCUUCACCUCACUGGAGCUGCGAGGGGUAGCGAGGGACAACCAAGGGGCUUCUGGCUCCUCCACCGCUUCCAAUGCUGUGACGGCAGUGGCUAUGGUACCCCCAUCCGAUAAAGAACCACUGCUUGGGAGGGCCGAGUCCACUACCAUGCUGGGACGUCUCCUAGGGCUUCCCCAGGAGGGUAAGCCCAAGAGGAGCCACUCGUUUGACAUGGGUCAUGUGGGUGCCACACAGUGUCGCAGCAACUACCCUCGAAGGAUUAGUAACAUCUGGACUAAGCGCAGUCUGUCUGUGAAUGGCAUGCUGCUGCAGUACGAUGACAGUGAGGAUGAGAAGCCCACUUUUGAGAGCUCUGAGUGGGUGAUGGAGAGCACGGUCUGAGUGCAGUUGUUCUAACUGUGAGGUUCAUGGCCAAACAAGAAAUCUAUAUCAGGAACUAAAGGAACAUGCGUGUAGAGGAAGGGAUGCUCGAGCGGGAAUCUGCCUUUGGGUAUUGCAUGAAGUUCAUCCAUGUGAAUACUGUCUAAGUAAUUAUGUGAGAAAAAGACACUCAAAUCAAUAGAUUCCUGGCCAUGAUCUCAAAU